UUAGUAUGCAGUUGAUGUUUGAGGAGACGGAAUAUAAUGAAAAUACUUAUAGUUGUUUGACUCUAUUACAGUGUUAACUUGUGUACCAAAAAGUGAUUAGUAUUAAUUUAUCGUUAAAGCUAGUCUGAAUUCUGUGGUUUACAUUAACAUGACAAUUGGUGAUUAUUCAAAUUUAUAGUAUGUUAUAUAGUAAUGAAAUGUCAAAUUAAAAUAGUGUUAAAUGUUUUUAUAUGGAUUACUUAAAGAGUGACCAGAUUAACAUUUUGUUCUGAUUGGUUGAUGAUAUAUAUUGGCAGGUGACUAAUUUUAUUGGAUUACAGUUUGGUGUGUGGUAAAGGUGUGAAAAUACCUAUAAAGUGACAAUGCCAAUUUAAAGUGGUUCAACAUUGCCUAAACUGAACAGUUUCAACUAUGGUGACUUGUCUUUGAAAAGUUUGAGUGAAUGUUUUUAGCAGAGCCAAUUUGAGCUUGCCAUAUCUGUGAUUCUGUGACCUGUGUACAUCGACAAUGAGUGGAUACAACAUGAAUCAACAAGGAUCAACUCGGGCCAUGAACCCAGGGUACAUGGACCUUUCGGAGAUGCCUAUGGACAACAAGCACCAGCAGACGAUGAUGUGGCAGCAGAACCAGUACAUGGCUGACUCUGGUAUCCAGUCAGGGGCUACAACUCAGGCGCCGUCCCUGAGCGGGAAGAGCCAUGUAGACGACCUUGAUGAGCCGGACCAGAACAUGGACACCGGGCGCAUGAUGUUCAACUGGAACGACCAGGGCAUGGGGCAGGGCUUCACACAGGAACAGGUUGACGACAUGAAUCAGCACCUGAACCAGACACGCUCCCACCGUGUCCGGGAGGCGAUGUUCCCGGAGACUCUCGAGGAGGGGCUCCAGAUUCCAAGCACCCAGAUCCACCCAGAUCAGCCAACUGCCGUGCAGAGGCUUGCAGAGCCCUCCCAGAUGCUUAAACACGCCGUUGUGAACCUGAUCAACUACCAGGACGACGCAGAUCUCGCCACGAGAGCAAUUCCCGAGCUUACCAAGCUCCUCUGCGAUGAUGAUCAAGUCGUAGUUAGCCAGGCCGCCAUGAUGGUUCAUCAGCUCUCCAAAAAGGAGGCCAGCAGGGCGGCGAUCAUGAACUCACCACAGAUGGUGGCAGCGCUCGUGCGAGCCAUGAGCAACACGAACGAUACCGAGACCACACGCUGUGCUGCGGGUACCCUUCACAACCUGUCCCACCACAGACAGGGGCUCUUGGCCAUAUUCAAGUCAGGGGGCAUCCCGGCUUUAGUCAAGCUGUUGAGCUCGCCAGUGGAGUCUGUGUUGUUCUAUGCCAUCACAACGCUCCACAACCUCCUGUUGCACCAAGAUGGCUCCAAAAUGGCGGUACGCCUGGCGGGGGGCCUACAGAAGAUGGUGGCCCUGCUGCAGAGGAACAACGUCAAGUUCCUCGCAAUCACCACCGACUGCCUGCAGAUUCUUGCCUACGGCAACCAGGAAAGCAAGCUGAUUAUCCUGGCUAGUGGUGGCCCAAGCGAGCUGGUACGACUUAUGCGCUCGUACACAUACGAGAAGUUGCUAUGGACAACGUCUCGUGUCCUCAAGGUGCUCUCUGUGUGCCCUAGCAACAAGCCAGCCGUCGUUGAGGCUGGUGGCAUGCAGGCCCUUGCCAACCAUCUGGGUCAUGGAAGCCAGCGCCUUGUGCAGAACUGUCUCUGGACUCUGAGAAACUUGUCUGAUGCUGCUACCAAAUGUGACAGCAUUGAGACCCUGCUACAGAUGCUGGUGCAGCUCCUUUCGUCCAACGACAUCAACGUGGUGACCUGCGCAGCGGGCAUCCUCUCCAAUCUCACCUGCAACAACAUGCGAAACAAGAUGAUCGUGUGCCAGGUGGGAGGUAUUGAGGCCCUCGUGCGCACCAUCCUGCAGGCUGGGGACCGGGAGGACAUCACUGAACCUGCUGUAUGUGCCUUACGUCACCUGACCUCGCGCCACCAUGACGCGGAGAUGGCCCAGAAUGCAGUACGACUCCACUAUGGCCUGCCUGUGCUUGUGAAACUUCUUCACCCACCCAGCAGGUGGCCACUCAUCAAGGCGGUUGUGGGUCUGAUCCGCAACCUGGCGCUGUGCACAGCCAACCAUGCCCCCCUGAGGGAGCACGGCGCACUGCCCAGGAUCGUGCAGCUUAUGAUCAGGGCACACCAGGAUACACAGAGGCGUGCCUCAAUCAGUUCAAACGGCCAGGGUUCAGGCUACGUGGACGGUGUCCGAAUGGAGGAGAUAGUAGAGGGAACUGUCGGCGCCCUGCACAUCCUCGCGCGCGAGGCACACAACCGCGCAGUCAUCAGGAGCCUCAACUGCAUACCCUUGUUUGUACAGCUCCUGUACUCACCUGUUGAGAACAUCCAGCGUGUUGCUGCAGGCGUUCUGUGUGAGCUGGCAUCCGACAAGGAGGGCGCUGAACUGAUAGAGCAGGAGGGCGCCACCGCACCGCUCACUGAGCUGCUCCACUCAAGGAACGAGGGAGUUGCAACAUACGCUGCUGCAGUGUUGUUCAGGAUGUCAGAAGACAAGCCACAGGACUACAAGAAGCGUCUCUCUGUCGAGCUCACCAGCUCCCUCUUCCGAGGGGAUCAGAACAUGCCAUGGGCUGAGCCGCCCGGUUUCGAUGACGUUGGGUUUGGUCAGGACGAGUUCAGCCGACCCAGUGAGCAGCAGAUGUACCAGGGGUCACAUGGGGGCUCCCAGCAUGACAUGAGCAGGGGUUUUGAUGACCAGCUGCCAAUCAACUCCAUGCAGGGCCUUGACCUUGGUAGCCAGGGUAACCAGUACAUGGACGACCUCAACAUCGGCCCCAGCGGCGACCUCAGCUUCCCUAGCAUGGGCCCUGGGCCCCACGGCAUGCCCCACCCCCAGCAGGGGGGAGACAACUCGGGGCCCAUGCCUGGACAGCAGUGGUUCGAUACGGAUCUGUAGACAACUGGCUCCUCGCCCUUGCCCGGAUGGCAGUAGAUCUGUAGAGACUCUGUGGCAGCAGUGGUUUAAGGAUUUGUAGAGACGUGGGUUGUUGUCGCUUUCUGUCAGAGUGGAAAAUCGUUGUGAAGACUUGAUCUCUCCCACUCACUCUUAAUGGGUCAGCAUUUACAAAACUCCAAUGGACUUUUUUUUUGGUAAAUGAUAUCAAAAUGAAAAAUAUUAUUUUUGCAAGUCUUUGACUGGUAUAUGUAUUUUUUAGUUUUACAACAUUUUUGUUGCUAUUGUUGUGGCAAUAAUUAAAAUAUAAAAAAUAAAAUCUGGAUCCUGCAAUAAUUUAAGAACUUAAUCCUUGUUAUUAAAACUUAUUUAUGUCCUCUGACUUCUAUCUUUUUUCAAGAUUAAACUGGAAGGUGACAGUUGUUUUUGUCUGUGAAAAAAAUUCUUAUGGAGUUUAGUGGCUGUUGGCCGCUGAAGGAAUGGUGUCGGACAUGUUUUUAGACUUUUUAAGCAAACACACAAUUUGUCACAUGAUGUUUAUUAAAAAGCACAUAGUAUCUGUUUUAUAACUUUAUGUAAAUAUUUAAGCUAUUUUAUGGGCUUCAUGUAUUUUUUUUCUUGAAAUAUGUGGACAUUGUGUAUACAGAAUUUCUAGCUUGAUGCUAUGAUUAAAAUGUUUUCAAUUAGAGUUGACAUAUUGUAUUUUUUUCAGUGUUUUAAAUUAUGUAGUAGAUUUUAGACUAGUUUUGUUUGGCUGUAAGAACAGGAAUUGUGUUGUACAUAUUCCUUUUUUGAUAAUUUCAUACAAACAAUUUUUCUACUGGUACUUACUUCUGUUUCUCUCUUCGACUUUUUGUUGGCAGUAAUUUAUAAGUUCAUAUUAAAAGAGCUGAUUUUAGUUUAAUAAAUUUUGAUAAUAAACCAUGACCAUUAAAAUUUUGAAAUUUAUUCUUUUCUUUACCGCCUGUUUUCAUAAAUUUCUUAAAUGUUCAUAAAAAAAGUGCACCCAAACACAGCCUUGUUUUUUUUUAGGAUAGAUUUAUAAAAUGAAAAAUACUUAAGUUGCAUCAAAACAAAGCUUAGUAAUUUAUUAAUAGAUACAAGUGUUAUGUGUUCAAAUAUUCAAAAGGUUGUCAGAAAUUUUGGUUGCCUUCAUCAAGUUUCAAACACGUGGCUGACGUCACUAGAGAUUUAGUCUUCUUUACAAUCUCUCAAAUGUCAUUUUGUACAUAGAUUUUAUCAUGUCGUUGGGAGCAAAUGUGAAACGUGUAUUUUUGUACAGAUUUCUAUUGCUGGUGCAUUUAUAUUGUCUCAAAAGUGGCAUAUUAACAGCUUUAACAGUCCAAUUUAAAAUAUUUAAAAUAAUGUUGUUUUUUAAGGACGUGUAUACAAAAAAUGGGCAAACAUUUAGAAUUAAAAACCAAAACUACUUAUAGUGGCAGCAUUUAAGGGGCAGUGGGUUGUGUGUGAUAUGAUAUAUUCAUUUACAAUGAAAGAAUAUACAUUUCAUACAGACACAUUUUUGUGUUCUUCCGUUGAAUAUCUCCCUGAAGAUUUCAAUAUCUUGGGGAUCACAAAAAUGAACAGCUUUCCAUAAAUGUUCGCAGGAUACACACAUUAAUAAUUUAAUAACUUACAAGUAGCAGUUUUGAUUAACUUGGAUGUUCACUGUUAAUUGGCCACUUUGAAUUUAAGAGCCUCUGAGGUAUGAAAAUACACGAACAAAAGAUGUAAAUAUUUUUAAUUUUGUUUUCAUGUUAUUUUGUACAAUCCUGGGCCACAUACGAUUUCAUUCAAGUUUAUUUUUAUUCAUGGUUUAAUUUUUGUAGGAAAGUUUAGCUGAUGAGUUUGGUCCAGGUUUUGUCAUAUAUAUAUAUAUGACAGGAUUUUAACUCUUUCUAGUUGAAGAUUUUUUAAGAAUUAUGUUUAAAACAGUUCUUAGCAUAAAUCAAACCACAAUGCAUUUUAUCUUUUAACACAUAUUUUUUAUCAAAUUUCAUUUGGGUACACCACAUUAUGUAAUCAUUCGUAUUUACAGUUCAUUUUUAAUAAAACAAGGAAUACAACAGCAGUUGGCAAAAUUCAACAAUCUUUUCAUUAAAAAAACUUCUCAUUUUUUAAACCUUUGUGUAAAUAUUGUAUAAUGUAUACUUGUAGAUUAAAUGUUGUCAUUUAAACCAUCUUUGUAUCUCAUACAAUGAAGUGUUUAGGAGAAAUGAUGUACUUAAAAUAAAAAUAUUUCUUAAUAAAAGAUGGCUUUUAUCAA